AGCCCGCGGAGCCCGCGGAGCCCGCAGCAGCUCCCGCCACCGGCGCCCGGUGCGGCGCGCGAGGUCCCGGAGCUGCGGGCCAGGACGCCCCCGCGGGUGUAGACCGCGCCCAGGAGAGAGUGAUGGUAUUCAAAAUGAAGAUGCUGGAAAAUUUCAGUUCUUCAUAGGAACUACAAAAAUGGAAGGAAAAAACAUUUUCAAAAGGAGACUAUUUUGAAAAUAUGCUUACAACUAACUGAUAAUGUACAGCUUUUAAAAAAAUAAUAAAACACUUGGAGAAGAUUAUAUUUAUGGUAAAAGGAAACUGGACUAACAAUGAGGCCAAAGACUUUUCCUGCCACAACUUACUCUGGAAAUAGCCGGCAGCGACUGCAGGAGAUCCGAGAGGGGCUAAAGCAGCCUUCCAAACCUUCAGCUCAGGGGCUGCCUGUGGGACCAAACAGUGAGGGUUCCCUGGAUGCCAAAGUCCUGGGAAGCAAGGAUGCCACCAGGCAGCAGCAGAUGAGAGCCACCCCAAAGUUUGGACCUUAUCAGAAAGCACUCAGGGAAAUCAGAUAUUCCCUGUUGCCAUUUGCCAAUGAAUCCGGCACUUCGGCAGUUGCUGAAGUAAACCGACAAAUGCUGCAGGAGUUGGUGAAUGCAGGAUGUGACCAGGAGAUGGCUGGCAGAGCGCUGAAGCAGACUGGCAGCAGGAGCAUCGAGGCUGCCCUGGAGUUCAUAAGCAAGAUGGGCUACCUGGACCCGAGGAACGAGCAGAUUGUGCGUGUCAUCAAGCAGACUUCCCCAGGCAAGGGCCUUGUGCCUACCCCAGUCACGGUGACCCGGCGGCCGAGCUUCGAGGGCGCACGUGAAGGCUUCCCAUCUUUCCACCCGCUGCCUGGAGUAGCCUACGAGGGCGUAGGCUUCUGUGCAGACGGCUCCGCGGCCCUGGAGGAGGUGCCGGGGCCCUACGUAGACUUCCUGUUCCCCGGGUCCCCGCACAGCGUGCCCCAGGCCUUUGGCCCUGAGGCAGCGGCGGGUGCGCGCUUCCCGGGGGCGCACUAUGGCCGCAUGCGCCUGCCCGGGCCUGGGGAACCGCGGGGCUACGGCGUGCAGCGCAGCCCGUCCUUCCAGGCUCCGGGGGGCCCCCCGACCACUGGCCUCGCCUUCCCAGGCCCAGCGGGGCUGUACCCGCCACCACACCAGCUGCACAAGCCACAGGCACACCCGCUGCACACCAUGGGUGCCCGCGGCGCAGGCUUCCCUGGCGACCCCCCGCAGGGCCUGCUGGCGCCCUCGCGUGGCGGCCUGCACGCCGAGCUGUACGAGCCCUGGCCCGCAGUGCUGGCCCGCCGCGACUCACUGCAGAACGCGGGCCCCGAGCCGCCGCCUCGCGCACACGGGGCCUUCCGGCCCGGCGGCCCUGCGCCCAGUAGGACCAACUCUUUCAGCGGGCCGCCGGCCGACCCCGCGCCCGCGCUUCCUGCCCUGCCUGCACCCAACACGGUCACAGCAGUCACCGCUGCGCACAUCCUGCAUCCGGUAAAGAGCGUGCGUGUGCUACGGCCCGAGCCGCAGACGGCUGUGGGGCCCUCGCACCCCGCCUGGGUGCCUGCGCCCACCCCUGCCGAGGUCCCCACUGCCGCUGAUGAGCCCGUGCACAGCCUGGCUGGCGCCUAUCCACGGGACAGGUGCCCGCCACCUCCCUACCCGAAGCACCUGCUGCUGCACAGCAAGUCUGAGCAGUUCGACCUCGAUAGCCUGUGCGCGGGCGUGGAGCAGAGCCUCCGCGGGGGCCCAGCUGCCGAACCCGUGGCUGACCGGAGUGACAAGAGCCGCAAGGUGGACAAGGGCGACAAGGCUGGCAAGGAUAAGAAGCAGAUCCAGACCUCUCCAGUGCCCGUUCGCAAAAACAACAGAGACGAAGAGAAGAGAGAAUCUCGCAUCAAGAGCUAUUCCCCAUAUGCCUUCAAGUUCUUCAUGGAGCAGCACGUGGAAAACGUCAUCAAAACCUACCAGCAGAAGGUCAACCGGAGGCUGCAGCUGGAACAGGAAAUGGCCAAGGCAGGACUCUGUGAGGCCGAGCAGGAGCAGAUGAGGAAGAUCCUCUACCAGAAAGAGUCUAAUUACAACAGGCUCAAGAGGGCCAAGAUGGACAAGUCCAUGUUUGUGAAAAUCAAAACUCUGGGGAUCGGUGCCUUUGGAGAAGUGUGCUUGGCCUGUAAGGUGGACACACAUGCCCUGUAUGCCAUGAAGACCCUGAGGAAGAAAGAUGUGCUGGACCGGAACCAAGUGGCCCAUGUCAAGGCCGAGAGGGACAUCCUGGCCGAGGCAGACAACGAGUGGGUGGUCAAACUGUACUACUCCUUCCAAGACAAAGACAGCCUGUAUUUUGUGAUGGACUACAUCCCUGGGGGGGACAUGAUGAGCCUGCUGAUCCGGAUGGAGGUCUUCCCUGAGCACUUGGCCCGGUUCUACAUCGCAGAGUUGACUUUGGCCAUCGAGAGUGUCCACAAGAUGGGCUUCAUUCACCGAGACAUCAAGCCUGACAACAUUUUGAUAGAUCUAGAUGGUCACAUCAAACUGACGGAUUUUGGCCUCUGCACGGGAUUUAGAUGGACUCACAAUUCCAAAUACUACCAGAAAGGUGAAGGGAACCAUGUCCGACAGGACAGCAUGGAGCCCAGCGACCUCUGGGAUGAUGUGUCUAACUGUCGCUGUGGGGACAGGCUGAAGACCCUGGAGCAGAGAGCCCGGAAACAGCACCAUCGGUGCUUGGCACACUCCCUGGUUGGGACCCCAAAUUACAUCGCCCCCGAGGUGCUCUUGCGCAAAGGGUACACCCAGCUCUGUGACUGGUGGAGUGUUGGCGUGAUUCUCUUUGAGAUGCUGGUGGGGCAGCCGCCCUUUUUGGCUCCUACCCCAACAGAAACCCAGCUGAAGGUGAUAAACUGGGAGAGCACGCUCCACAUUCCGGCCCAGGUGAAGCUGAGCCCCGAGGCCAGGGACCUCAUCACCAGACUGUGCUGCUCGGCCGACUGCCGCCUGGGGAGGGAUGGGGCCGACGACCUGAAGGGCCACCCAUUCUUCAGCACCAUCGACUUCUCCAGCGACAUCCGGAAGCAGCCAGCCCCCUACGUCCCCACCAUCAGCCACCCCAUGGACACCUCAAACUUUGACCCCGUGGAUGAAGAGAGCCCUUGGAAUGAGAACAGCGAAGGCAGCGCCCAGGCCUGGGACACACUCACUUCCCCCAGUAAUAAGCACCCUGAACAUGCAUUUUAUGAGUUCACCUUCCGGAGGUUCUUUGAUGAUAACGGGUACCCCUUCCGGUGCCCAAAGCCUCCAGGAGCAGAGACCUCACACUCUGAGAGCUCAGAUCUAGACAGCUCCGAUCUGGUGGAUCAGACCGAGGGCUGCCAGCCGGUGUACGUGUAGACCUGACCACAGGCCCACGCCUGCGUCUUGGAAGGGCAGGGGCCCAGCUGGUUCCUACGUGGUCGAUGGGAAGCCUGAGGCAGCCUUGUUUCCACCUAGGUGACUGAGUACAUCAUUUGAAAUUCUGCUCUUCACCAAGAAAUCCCCAAGAAACGUUUUAAAAGAAAGUACUCAAGUCUAGCAGAUUUUCAUUUCGAGGUUCUGGCUGAUGGGCGGCAGGGAGGGUCAGCAUGGCUUUGAAUCGGCUUUUGGGGCCCUUCACUGCAUUAAAACAAUGUUUUUAAAAAUUUAGUACAGUUUAGAAAGCACUUAUUGUGUUGAUAACCAUUUUUUCUUACUAAAUUAUAGGGAUUAACUUUGACAAAUCAUGCUGCUGUUAUUUUCUACAUUUGUAUCUUAGCCAUAGCACUUACUCACAUUCGGAAGACAGAAAAACUGAAGAACAUGUGAUAAGAAAUCUCUGUGCAAUAAUGUUUGAAAAAGAUGAUGCUCUGCUGAGGUGUCACGGAGACCAUUUUAUCCACCCAAUGGUUUUUGUUUGUAUUUGUUCCCACAUUUCAAAAUUGUGAUAUAAUGUUAAAAGCUGCUUUUGUGUUGUUUUUUUGCAUAUUAUAGUACUAUAACAAAGUGUGAGCAAAGUAAUGAUGUGGGGUGUGGUUUCAGGUGUCUGGUGUGUGGGAAGUACUGUACUGCAUGAGCAGGAUUUUUCUAUUAUAAAAUUACCAUGUCUUGCCGUUCACAGCAGGUCCUGUGAAUACAUUUUUACUGAGUGUUUUUAAAUGAGGUAUUCUAGACAGCGUGCUGAUAACGUUUUAUGUGGGUGAUGUCUUUCCUGUGAUUGUAUCCCUUGCUGUUUUGUUAAAGAAAUGCAGAUGUGUAAUUGAGAAGUGAUUUGUAUGUGCAUGCAUGUGAGAGUGUGUGUGUGUGUGUGUGUUUAAGUAUGUAAGUGUGUCUUGGGUAUGAUUGGAUUCUUUGGGGAACAAAUGUAAAUGUUUGUCAUGCAGCAAACUUUAUACAUUAAAAGGGAUUAAUUCAGCUAUGCCAAAACAUUGAAGUUAAUCAUGGACCUAGGUCCAUUUCUCCAGUCAGUCUGCGCUCUCAUUCUUGAUGUAGCUGGUAUGUGGAAUUCAAUAAGGACCCUACUACUUAGUGUUUUACUGACAGACUGCCCACACUGAACGGUUACAUGAACGUUAUUCCUUUUAUUGUCUUAGGCAGCUGAGAGGUUGCCACGCUGAAUUAAAUAAACUUAUCAACUUUUGCCUUGUUUUUAGUGUGCUUUGAAAUGUCAAAUCUCAACUUGAUUUAAAUAAUACCAAGUUUUUCUAGCUUUUGUGUAAAAAAACAAAGAUUCUUCAAAGUGACAUUGGAAUAAAAACAAGCCAUACAUAUUUUCCUAGAAUAUUGGUGUAUAUAUGACUAUAUAGAUAAACACACAAAAUAUUCCUUAUUUCAAAUUAGUAUGGUUUCUAUUUAAAGUGAUUUAUAUUUGAGUAAAAAUUCAAUUCCUUUUUGCUUUUUAAAAGAUCUGAUGCAUCCUAUUUUUCAUUAUAUUAUUCCACAUAUUUUCCUUAAAAUUUUUAACAUAAUGUAUUCAUUAUUAAAUAUCUAGGCAACAACACUUAUAAGUUUAUCAAUGUCUAAAAAACAUUCUGUGUACUGGUUUACAUUUGUAUGAAUGGCAUAUUCUGAGGUCUGCUGAGCUUGUAUUGUGACUUACAGUAUUUUUGCUAUUUUAUAGUAAUAGCCAUGUUGUUAUUUACAGCUCUCUGACAUACUUUUAUGUGGUAGGUUCUUUCUCAGGAACUCAGUUUAACUAUUAUUUAUUGAUAUAUCAUUGCCUUUGAAAAGCUUCUAUUGGCACAAUUUAUUAUUAAAACUUUGAAUCCAAA